GUGUUUGGGCUGUCAGGGUGUAGAGGAACUAACUAUUACUUCAUAGUUCGUUUCUGAGGAUUAACAUCAUGUCUCUUUGAUGCCUCAUAUAUAACCAGUUCUGUUAUACGUGACAGUUGUGUUUGUACAUAUCUAUCUACAAGCUUGAGCAUUUUCUGAUUGACAAGAUGCUGAACGUCCCUACACCAUCAUUCCCUGUCCCCAAUUCCCAGCAAAGGGUGUCUGCAGGUGGUCGAAACAAGACACCGCUGAAGCCUGGAAGGAGUCUGAUGGAUUGGGUUAGAGUAAAAAGUAGCAGCAAAGAUUUAACAGGCCUAAGAGGAAGAUUAAUUGAGGUGACAGAAGAGGAACUUGCAAAACACAAUAAAAAGUCUGAUUGCUGGAUAUGUAUUAGAGGGCUUGUAUAUAAUGUCACUCCUUAUAUGGAAUAUCAUCCGGGUGGUGAAGAAGAGUUAAUGAAGGCAGCAGGAGCAGACGGUACACAACUUUUUGAUGAGGUUCAUCGCUGGGUCAACUAUGAAUCCAUGCUGAAAGAGUGCCUGGUUGGGAGGAUGGCUAUCAAACACACAUCAUUGUUGAAAGGUGCAGUAUCUGAAAGCCAACUGCCGUAUGAAGAUAAACCAUUUCACCCCAGAUACGAAUGGUUCCAGACAGACGCUAAUGUAACCGUAGUCAUAUACACCAAGCAAAAGAAUAUAAAAUUGAAUCUCUUCACUGUUGACUAUCAAGAGGACAUCCUCAGAGUGGAAAUAACUAUCAAAGAUUAUUCCUAUCUUCUGUUAAUUGAGUUGGAACACGCAGUGCAAGCUAUUCAAGUUAAUGCUUCAGGGAAUGCCGGGAAAGUGGAACUGGCACUGCAGAAGAAGGAUUGUACAGUCUGGAAGAGCUUGGGGCAAUCACUAGAGGAAAACAAUUCUUUUGUUAAAAGCUCUAAAAGAGGUCAUUAUUAUAGGAAAUGCAGGCUAACUUCAAAAAUGGAUGUCAGUCAUAAUACCAGGCUAUUUUGCUUUGCGCUACCUCAGGACUGUCAUCUUGAAGUUCCGGUUGGAUACCAUAUUUACCUCAACUUAACUAUUUCAGGUGUGGACGUGGUUAAACCAUAUACACCAGUUUCCCAGACCUUAGAGUCAGAUCAACAACAAACAUCUCACAAUAAUGAAAAGUGCGUCUAUAUAAUGAUCAAAAUCUACCCAAAUGGAAGUUUCACACCCAUGCUUGACAACAUGCAAAUAGGUGACUUUAUCCUAAUGAGCAACCCACAAGGAUGUUUUAGCACUUCUCAAGUUGAUGAAGUUGAGGAUAUUUUUCUUCUGGUAGCUGGAACUGGUUUCACACCAACUGUGAAAUUACUGAGACAUGUUUUAAAUCACUCCAACAUCCUAAGAAAAGUCAAAUUGAUAUUCUUCAAUAAAACAGAACAUGAUAUUCUGUGGAGAGAACAGUUGGAGAAGUUGUCUUCAACCGACAGAAGGUUUGAAUCACAGUUUGUACUCUCAGAACCAAGUGAUUCAUGGACAGGGUGCAAAGGGAAAAUAUCAACAUCAUUUCUUUCAGAGACCAUUCAAAGAAGUAAAGAUGAUUCCACAAUUCUUAUUUGCAUUUGUGGACCAAAUGGAUUUGUUGAGCAAGCAGAAAGGUCUUUAGAAGAUCUUGGUUUUUCCAAAGAAGAAAUUUUUGUUUUCAGAGAAUGAGUAUUUACACAAUAGUGAAUGGUGACUCA